AUGAAAAUUGAUCGAUCGAAAUUGAAAAAAUAUCUACCGGAACCACCGGCUGAUUGUAAAUUAUUUAUCGAUAAAUUAAAAAGUUGUGAUCGAAAAGAAUUACACGAUCUAUUGACACCAAUAACUAUUUGGCAUAUUGGAAAAUGUGAACUAUAUCAUUGGAUUGAUGCAUUGGAUUUAUUUGAUUCAAUUCUAGAAGAAGCUUGUAUAAAAACGGGCACAUGGAUGCUCAACUGUGACAAACCAGAAAAUGGAGAGUUAAAAAUUUUAGUUCUCGAUAUUCUUCAUUUUACUGCGUUAUUAAUUGAACAUUCAUACUCUCGUCAUUUAUAUAAUUCAAUUGAAUAUUUAAUUAUGUUGUUACAAUCAUCCGAUGUCCAUAUUGUACUUGGUGUGCUAUCGCUUCUGUAUGUAUUCAGUAAACGUUCAAAUUUUAUAACAAGACUUCAAAUUGAUAAGAAGCAAGCAUUGAUUGGUCGACUUAUUUUCUUAGCUGAGACUUGGGGUGGACGAGAGAAUGGAUUUGAUUUAGCGCGUUGUUGUAGUGUUUUAAAUCCAUCAGACUUUCCUGAACAUGCAACAAAUCUACAUUUUUGUUAUAUCGUACCAUCAGAAUCCACAUCAAAUAGUGGUCCAACAUUGCAAAUCACAAAACAAAUUGAUAUUCCAAAUGUUCAUCAAGCUGGAGUCAAUGCUGCUGCUGUGAUGGAAAUAGUUCUUGCUGAACAUCCAUUACCUGAAGAUAAACAGAUAAAAUUAUUUACACAUCUUCGUCUAGCUUAUGCGUUUCCAUCAUUUGAGCAACGCUUAUUAUGUAUUCAAGCACGAUUACAAGCAUUAUCCAUUCUGAUUUAUUCCUCAGGAAUGCAAGAGGCAAAUAAUGUUUUAUAUGAUGGUUUGAUUGAGGAACUAGUUGAAGUAUUAAAUGUUCGUGAUCCAACAUUAACAGAUAUAAAAGCUUCAGCAUUAAAAACUUUAACAUCAAUUAUUCAUCUUGAACGAACGACAAAACAUCCACCACGUUUACAAGAAAUAAUUGAAACAACACAAGCUAAUUCAUAUCAUGGAUUUUUACCAGCACUUGUACGACAAUGUAUUGAUAAAUUAACUGAUGAUAGUAAUGAACGAUUCCCUCAAUCGUUAUCAACAGCUUUAUUUUCUUUUCUUUAUCAUUUGGCAUCCUAUGAAACAGGCGGUGAUGCAUUAGUUAACUGUGGUAUAAUGCAAUCAUUAAUCAAAGUUGUUAAUUAUUAUGAUGAAUCUCAAGAUUUUAUUAUGUUUGUUACACGUGCCGUUCGUGUUAUUGAUUUAAUAACUUCUCUAGAUAUAACAUCAUUUCAGACAAACAAUGGUUUACAAGCGUUCAUCAAUCGAUUGGAACACGAAAUAACACAAUGUCGAAAAGAACAACCAUUUAUUAUUCGCAUACCAAAACGUUCACAAGGAACACCAACAAUAAAUCUUGAUUCACAUCCUCCUUUAUCACCGAGUGCACAAUCAGAUAUAUCUGGUGAACAUCCAAUACUGCCAGCAACCACGAUGCAUCUAUCAAAAGAUAUGGAUACAAGUGAACUUCUAGAUGAACAACAUGAAUUAAUGCCAAGCAGUCCAAUACCUGGUUUAUCUUGUUAUCAUCAACGUGCUGCAUUACUUAAAUCAAUAUUAAAUUAUUUAAAACGAGCUUUCACUGAACCAACAAUGGCUGAUACAACACGUCAUAUCAUGGAUGCUUCAUUACCAAAUUCUUUAAAACAUAUUAUCAGUAAUGCUGAAUAUUAUGGUCCAUCAUUGUUUCAUUUAGCAACUGAUGUUGUCACAUCGUUUAUAUUUCAAGAACCAUCACAAUUAUCAUCUUUACAAGAUAAUGGUUUAACUGAUGUAUUAAUGCAUGCACUUUUGAAAAAAGAUGUACCCGCUGCUCGUGAUGUUUUAGCAUCAUUGCCAAAUAUAUUUAGUGCAUUGUGUUUAAAUACACGUGGCUUAGAAAAUUUUAUGGAAUAUAAACCAUUCGAUAAAUUAUUUUGCGUAUUAUUAUCACCGGAAUAUUUACCAGCUAUGAGACGACGACGUGGUACAGAUACAAUCUAUGGUACAGCGUCAAGUCUUGGUAAUGCUGUUGAUGAAUUAAUGAGACAUCAAGUUAGUUUACGUACCGAAGCUAUGAAAUCAAUAAUUACAUUACUUGAACAACUUGUCGAAUUAGGAAAUAAUCCAAAAUAUUGUUGUCAAAAACCACACUCAUCAUCAUCAUCAACUACAACAACGAAAUUAACCGAUACAAUACGUGCUCAACAUCGAACUGUACGUACAACAAAUACAACAAAUACGAACACAGCAGGAAAUGAUAGAAAUUCAUCUGAUGAUGAAUACGAUGAUGAUGAAGCAACGAACGAUGAAGCACCAUUAGCCAAUCGAGCAGUACCACCAUUAACGGGAACACCAACAUCAUCAUCGAUAGCAACAACUGCAACAAUAAUUGAGCCAAUAACAAAUAUUCCAAUAAUACUUAAUCAGACAUUAUUGAGUGAAAAAAAAUCUGAAGAUGAAACAAUUCCAAUAGCUGUACCAUUACUUGAUUAUAUAACAAAUAUAAUGCGUUUUGUUGAAGGUGUUAUUAGUAAUAAUACGACGGAUGAUCAUGGAAAAGAAUUUGUAAAAUUAGGUGGUUUAAAACCGUUGCUUGAUAUUUUACAAAUGAAAAAUUUGCCAAUAGAUUUUCCAUCAAGUCAAGCUUGCCAAUGCGUUGCUGCACUUUGUAAAUCAACUCUUACUCUUCUUGUUAAAGAUAAUAAAUUAAUUGAAAUGAUUAUAACAAAUCUUGAUGCAAUAUUAAAUUCUCUCGCAGAUUUCUAUUCAAAUCGUACCUAUGAUGGUUCAUUAUUAAUAGAAGAAUUAGCACGUGCUGCAUCAUCACCAUCAGCAUUAUCAAACAUACCGGUUGAUCCAAUGGAUGCUAUUAAUCAAUCUUCAUUGACACCUAUUCUUCACCAAUUAUCUAUUGUUCAUUCCCAUAUAUCAUUGCUCAUAUCAUUAUGUAAAAUAACUCAAAAUGAAGUACGUAGUAUACUGAUUAGUUUUUGGGGCGCGGAAACUGGUAUACGUGUAUUGAAAAAUCUAAAUAAAUUAUGUUUAACAUUAAUAUGGGAAAGUUCAAUAUUAUUAUCAUUAUGUUCAUCGGACACGAAUAUGAUGGAUCAACAGUUUAAUAAAAAUGAUUUGCUACAACUAUUUCCAAUGAUCAAUGAUUUAACAAAUACAAUAUCACCAUUACAAAAUGUUUCAACACAAUUAAAUGAUUUAACAACAAAUGAAAUGACGCGUACAUUUGACAUUGAUGAAAUCAUGUCGAUGGAUACAAGUGAUUUUACAAAAUUGAAAUUAAAAGUAUCGUUAAAUAUUCAACAACGUAUUAAAACAAUAAAACCAUUAUUAUGCGUUUCUUCAAAACUUGGUCGAGCAUUAAGUGAACUUUAUAAUUUACUUGUUAAACAAUGUUCAACAUCACAAUUGAGACAUGCUAGACGAUUUAAUCAACCACCGACGCCUUAUGUACCGACAGCGGCAGCAAAACUUGUUGCAUCAACAUUAACAGAAGUGUUACGAGAUGGAUUUCUAUUUCAUUUGCCAGCAAAUAUUAAUUUAACAGAAAGUCAAAUUGAAAAAUUUCGUUUAACAUUUUUUGUGUGUACAAUAGGUUUUGCUACUCCGAUGCUAUUCGAUGAACGUCGCCGUCCUUACAUGUUAAUGUUACAACAAUUUGAAUUAUCUAAAGCACAAGAUGCACUUUUUUCGUCACUUGAAUGGACACUUGAUUUAAUUAAUCGUCAAUCAUUAAUAACUGAUGAUCAACAAACUUCACAAGUUAAUAAUACAUAUGAUGCAUCACCUACAGAAUUUCUCAAUUCAGCAUUAAUGCUUAUAUUACGCUUAGUUAAUGUUAAAUCAAUUCUUGAAUCUCCACAUUCAAUACCAAAAAAAGCACAAACAGAACGUACUUAUUUUGUUCCAUUUAAUCCAUUACAUUAUUUAGCAUUAACACAUAAAUGUGCAUUUAAUAUAUUAACAAAUUCAUGUUCUGUACUUUGGGAUAAACCAUAUUUAUUAAAAGAUCAUGCAACAAAAAUUAUCGAUAGUAUAUUAUCAAUAUUUUGUCAUAUCUUACGUGGUGAAUCGCAAAUCAAAAAAAAACUUCAAGAUGAGGAACAACUGCAGCAACAACAACAACAACAACAACAACAGCAGCAGCAACAGCAGCAACAGCAACAGCAACAACAGCAGCAACAACAGCAGCAACAACAGCAACAGCAGCAACAGAAUUUACCAACAUACACUGUUCCCACAAGUGAAUUAUCAAAUCAACAACAAUCAAAUACGGAUACUGAUUUACCUGGUUCAUCUGCAUUGACAUCGACGAAUGCUACACCAGUGAAUGAAGAUCUUAUUCAAUCUAUUACAAUGAUGGGCUUUUCUCGUGAGCAUGCUAUGGAAGGUUUAUUACAGACGAAUAAUAAUCUCGAAUUAGCUGUUGAUUAUUGUGUUAAUCAUCCACAAUCUGUUAUAGCUCCACAAAUUCAAUCAAAUCUUCCUGAUAUGGAUGCUGAUAUGGCUCGUGCUUUACUCUUAUCAUUAGGACAAGAAGUUGAUGAAACAGCUCUAUCAAAUCCAAUAGCUGCAUUAGCUGCAUUAUCAAGAGAAAAUAAUAAUUCAAUAAAUGAAAUCAACACAGCAUCCUCCGCAUCAUCAUCAACUGCAAAUCCAAUAGUAAAUCGUGAAUUAAUAACUAAUCCAACAUCGAUUGAAAAUCUAAAUCAAGAAAAAUCUUUAUCUGUUAUUGAAUCAUUAUCAAAAGAAUCUGUCGAUCGUUUUACUGAUUCGAUUAUGUUGAAAAUUCUUGAUAUAUUACCUGAUACUGUUUAUAAAAUGUGUGAGCUUGUUGUAACAACAAUGCAUCGUAAUGGCAUUCAAUGGCGUGAUCACUUUCUUGAAAUCAUUGCAAAUGAUAUUAAAACAAGUUAUUUAAACUUAAUUGAAUUGUUAGAUAAAAAUCUUUUAAAUCAACAAGAUGAACAAUUAAUAUUACUAUUUUUAAAUGACCAUCAUAAUUCUGUUUUAUUUAGUCGUACAUUAUUAAUGUCAUUAUUAUUCGAAGAAAUGCCUUUUCCGUGUGCACGAAUAGCUGAAAAAUUUUCAUUGAUUAAUUAUUUUUGUAUACUUAUACAUCGUACAACGGAUUAUUUAAAAAAAUGUAAUGAAAAGAAAACUCCAACAUGGUUAGCACCAGCAUUUAUAUUUAUUGAUUUAUAUGAAAAAGUGUCAUUAGCAUCAAAACGUCGUGCAAUUAUAAAUCAAAACUAUCGUGAUUAUAAUCGUGUAUGGCAAUGGUUCGAUGAACGUGCUGUCCGAUGGAAUAAUUAUCCAGCGACACAAAAUAAACAAAUCGACGAUGCCUAUGCUAAUGGUGAACCAUCAUGUAAAAUUGUUAUACAACGAAGAAAUUAUAUUAUACAAUUUAAUACUAUGUUACAAACCAAUGAAGAUACACAUAAUAAACGACCUAUUAUGCUUACAUUUUCUAAACCAUCAACAAAAACAACAAAUACAGAUGGAUCAGUACCAAUACCGCCAACAUCAUCAAGAACAUUUUCAGCAUCACAUACAAGUGACGAUGAUGAUGACGAUGAUGAUGAUGAUGAUCAACAACCACAUGGACAAGGUGUAUCAAUAAGUUUAAGUGAUACAAAAAAAGUUGAAUCCAUGGAUACCGAACAACAUAGUGAUACUACAACAAUGUCAGUCAUUGAAUCAUUAGCUGACGAACAUGCUUUAUUAUUAACAACUGAUUGUGUAUAUUUAAUACGAAUGCCUGUUGAUCCUGAUGCUAUACAUGCAUUAUUACGUCUUAUAUUACGUUUAACACGUGAUUAUAAAUAUGCAAGACAAUUUGCUCAAUCCGGUGGUAUACAAGCUAUAUUAAGUUUAACACAAACAUCAGCAUUUCAAGGUUGUGCAUCAUUAAUCACAUUAAUAUUUCGUCAUAUUAUGGAAGAUGAUAGUAAUUUACGUUUAGCUAUGGAAAAAGCUAUACGUCAAGCAUUGACAGGUAAUCAUGGUGUAUCAAUUGGUGUUCAACCAGCAUGUCCAGGAUCACAUGAACUUAAUGUUAUAUUACGUAUAUUGGGUCCAGCUAUGACACGUGCACCAGAUAUAUUUUUAGAAGUUGCAUCAAAUGUUUUACAAUUAUCACCACCAUCAGCCGGUCGUUUAGCAGGUUCAUUAAGUCGAUUUACAAAUCCAUUUUUAGCUGAUGAUGAUCAUCAUACACAAGCAAAUACACCAACAGGUCCAUUAAUUUUACAAGCACGACCUGCAACUAGUCAAACAGCGACAGCAACAUUAACACCUACACCAGCAUCAACCUCAACAACUACCACCACCACAGCAACAAUGACAGUAGAACAAAAUUCUCAAAUACGUUCAAAUCGAACAACAAUGAUUACAGCAGCAACAACAACAAACGAAUCAGUUGGAGAAUUAGCUGAACGUUUAUUAGUUGAUUUACUUGAUUUUCUAUUAACAAAUGAUGAUUCGAAUCCAAAACGUUUAUUAUCAAAAUCAACUGUAUUACGCAUAUUGGCUGAAUUAAUACGUUCAUAUGCUAAUGUUGCUAAACUUGUAUCAACAAAAUCAUUUUCACUACAAGAUAAUCAAUCGUGUUCAGCACUAUCAUAUAUACUUGAUUAUUUAUUGCCGGGUAAUCAUAAUCAACAAGUUGAUUACGACAAAGACAUACCAGCAUUAUGCCGUUUAUUUCUUGUUGCUAUGGCUGCAUGUAAUCAUUGUUUAGAAUCUCAAAUGAAUUUAGUUAAUGAAGUUAAAAUGUCAUUAAAUAAAAUUCUAAUUUUACCUGAAUGCGAUGAAAAACAUAUGCGAUUACAAGCAUUAGCUAAUAUUAUCAAUACAAUGAUUGAAUCAUGUCCAGCACCAAAUACAUCUGCACCUCAACAAGGACAACAUCGAAUGUCUCAAUCCAUUAUAAAUAACAUGAUUAAAAUUAUGUACAAACGUGGUUUAAUUAAUGAUUUAGCAAAAAUGAUACAUAGUAUUGAAUUAUCUAGUCCAAAAUUAGCUGAUACAGUUAAUGCUGUGCUUAAACCAAUGGAAACAUUAUCACGUGCAAUUAAUUAUGCGACAUCAUUACAUGUACAAAGUGGUGCUCGUCCACAUGCAACAAGACAUACAACAACAAAUCAAACAAAUGCUUCAACUGUUCCACCAACAGCAGAAACAACCACUACAGAUUCAACAACAUCAAUUCAAGAACAAUCAACAAUACGAAACGAAGAACAACCAAUUAUCACAGCGGGUAUAGCAACAACAGCAACAUCACUACCACCAACAACAAUAUCAGAUUCAUCUCGACCAACUGAACCUCAACAACAACAACAACAACAACAAGCAUCGUCCAUAGAUGUACCACAUACGUCAACACAAGAUGAAAAUCGCUCAUUAAUCGAUAAUACAACUACAAAUAAUACUAAUAAUCCAGCACUCAAUUCAGCUAAUCAAGUUGCAUUAAGUAUAAGUCAAGAAGAAUUAUUAAAUGCAACUGAUAUGGAACCUGUUGCUGGUUUACCACAAGAUGUUGAUAUUUUUGAAAGAAAUAUUCAUGGUACAGCUAGACUUUCAACCGACGAAGAUGAGGAUGACGACGAUGAGGAUGAUGACGAAGAAGUUAGCAUUGAAGAUGAGGAUGAAGAUGGAAAUGGUGGCGUCGGAGCAAUUAAUGUCGAAUUUGAUGUUGCACGUGCUCUCGAUGAUACAAAUGAACAUGCUUCAAGUGAAAGUUCGACAACAAGCGCUGAUAAUGAUGAUGAAGAUGAUGAUGCAGAAGAAACCGAUAGUCCUGAUGAAGAAAUGGAUAUGGAUAGUGCUAAUGGAAAUGAUCGUGAACCACAACAUCGUUAUAGUGAUGAUGAUGAAGAUAUAACUAGUGAAGAAGAAGUUGAUGUUCGUUUAACAGGACCAACAUCAUCCGGUGAACAACAUGAUGAUGAACAUGAUGAUGAUGAUGAUCUUGACGAUGACAGUGAUAAUAGUGAUAGUGAUGAAACUCAUACUGGAGAUGAAUUAGAUGAAACUGAAGGACCUACAAUUGAUAUUCACAUUGAAACAGCAUCAAGUCAAUCGGCUGAUGGAAACUUAACAAAUACUAAUGAACGAGAUGGUCAAACUAAUGAAACAGGUGGUAAUAUGAAUGAUGAUACAACAAACAAUAAUAAUAAUAUUCAAGAAGAUGACGAAGAAGAAGAUGAUGAAGAUGAAGACGAUGAAGAUGAAGAACAAGACGAAGAUGAAGAUGAUUUUGCUGAAGAUGAUGAUGCUGCUGCUGAAGAUAUUGAAGAUAUGGUUGAACGUGAUAUGGAUGCAGCGAAUGCUUGGCAAGAUGACGACGAAGAAGACGAAGACGAGGAUGAUGAAGAUGAAAGUACUGAAUUUGAAGAUGAUGAUGGUGAUAUCGCUGACUAUGUUCAUGAAAUGGAAUUCGAUGAAGAAGUUCUUUCGGAAAUUCGUAAUAAUCUUAUGUCACCAACUGAUAUUGAUCCGAUUUUAAUAUCUAAUUUUCAAGGUGUUCGAAUUCGUGCCACUGGUUUUCCACCACUUCACGGCAUCAAUGAUACAGUUGAUCCAGCUCUUCCACCGCCACCAAUGAGUGUACCUGCUCUGCAUCCAUUACUUGUUCAUCAUGCUGAUAAUCAAUUAAGUUCAGGUGCUUUUUCACGUUUUCGUCAAUUAGGUACGACAACAACAACAACUACAGCACCCAAUCAACCAAAUAUAAAUGUUCUAUCAGCACAAUCAAAUCCAACAUCAACAUUGACAUUCGGUCAACCAAAUGGACCAGCAGCAGCAGCAGCAGCAGCAACAACAACAACAACAACAACAAUGCUGACUGGACAAGCAGGAUUGAGUGUACAACAACAGAUCAAUCAACAAGCACAGCGCAAUCGCACAACACGAACAUUAUUUAUUCCAAAUGGUACAACUACAUUUGGUCGUGCAGCAGCUGGUGGCUUUGCUGAAUAUCUUCAGCAUGCUAAUCAACUUGAUGUUGAUCCAUUGGCAGGUCCAACAAUAACAAAUACUGGCACAUUGCCAGGUACAGCAACAGCACGUAUACUUGUUGGUAAUGGUGCCGAUUCUGAAGCAUGGCGAUUUUUACAUGAUCAAAUGUUAAUGGAAAUUGCACCACAAGCUAAUGAAGGAAAUGAAAAUAUUGAUGGAACAAAGAUCUAUAUGAUACGUACACCAUUGGCACGUUGGAUUGAAGAAAGUAUUGUACUUGAUGGACCUUAUGUGCAUGAUACAGUGUUAGCAUUAAAAUCGAAAAUAACUGAACCAUUAGAAAAACAAUACGAAUCAGAAUUACAACUUGCUUUAACUAAAAAAGCUAAAGAUGAUGAAGAACGUAAAAAACGUUCUGAUGAAAAACUACGGCAAGAUGCUGAGCGUGCACAAGCAGCAACAGCUGCUGUAGCUGCCUCUGUAUCAUCGACAACUACAAAUGAUCAACAGCCAACAGAAAAUAUAACAUCAACAGAAAUAACUACUAGUACAACCACAGAACCAGUGAUAUCAUUGCCUUCAUCAUUACAACAUAUUCGUGAUAUUGUUAUGACUUCACCUGAAUUACAACGUUCUUCACAAUUAUAUCCGUCUCGACAUAAUCGAAAUGUAAAUACAAGUCCUAUACGUCCAGCGAAUGAUGAAUCAGCACAAAUAAGUUUACAACCUAGUGGAACAGUUCCACCAAUCACAACUGAUGCUGGCACAAGUCCAUUAGCCACUGAAAAUAUGUCUACUGGUGGUCAAUCGCCUGCUCAAUUAGCAACAUCACCUACAACAUCAAUGGAAAUAAACCAUCCAUCACCAAUUAGAGAGAAUAUUACUGAAGAGCAACUACAGCAACAGCAACAACAACAACAUCAACAACAACAACAAGAAAUAACAAAUGAACUAGACAUAACACUAACAAUAACGACUGAACAAAUUUUUCCAUCAACUGCAACUGAACAAACAGUUGCUGCCGCCGUUGCCGUGGCUGCUACUGUUGUUGCAACUACUACUCCAGUUACAACAGCACCACCCGUUGAACCAGAAGUUGAAUGGACAACAUUAACUAUUGAUGGACGUGAAUUUCGUGUUCCAAAAGCCUUAGAAAUUGAUCCAUCAUUUUUAGCUGCAUUACCUGAAGAAAUGCGACAAGAAAUUUUAACUGAUCAAGUACGAAAUUUUGAACGUGAAGAGAAUCAACGACGUGCUCAACGUGCCGCUGCUUAUGCUGCUGCAAAUCCUACAGCAAAUUUAAAUUCACAAGCAAACGAUGGUACUAAUAAUGAUAAUUUCGCUUCAAGAACAAAUCAAGCAACAAGUGAAUCUGUUAUUGGUGAAAUGCUUGGUGAAAUAAACCCGGAAUUUAUUUCUGCACUGCCACCUGAAAUUCGUGAAGAAUUAUUAGCUGAACGUCGUCGUACGGCUGCUACAAUGGCUGCUAUGAGUGGUGUUAAUUUACCUGAUAGUGGUCCAGCAGAAUUUCUACGUACAUUACAACCACAUCUACGCCAACAAGUUCUUGCCGAUAUGGAUGAAAGUCAAAUAGGUGCUUUACCAGAAGACAUGGCCAAUGAAGCUCGUGCAUUACGUGCUGCUAUGGAAACUCAACAACAACAAUAUAUACGUGAACGUAUGGCACGAAAUCAUCAUGAUAUGCUGAAUAUGUUAACACAUAGUGCACGACCCAUACGUAUGUAUAAUCUACGUGCAUUACAAGAAGCACGAAAUAAUCGUACAGAUCGACAACCAACAAAUUGGUUUGCAUUACGCACAGGUACAAAUACAGCUGGUGAUGUAAAUAGUAAUACAGCAGCCAUUGGCUCACGUGGUAGACAAUUACUUGAUUAUGAAUCAAUUUGCUGUUUACUUGUUUUAUUAUUUAUUGAUGAUACACGUUUGAAUUUUGCUCGUUUGCAAAAAGUUUUGAAAAAUUUAUGUCAUCAUACACAAACACGACAAUGGAUUAUUAAAGCAUUAUUAUCAAUUAUAAAUAAAAGUACAGGACGUACAGAAUAUGAAGGACCAACAUCGACACCCGGUGCACCAACACUUGUACUUAAAAAUCCAAGCACAAAUAAUCAAUCACAAACAACAACAACAACAAAUAAUAUUACUGGAAAUGAAAUUCAACAAAUAAAAAAUAUUAAUCCAGCAUGGUUAACAAUUAAUUUUGAAAGUGCAUUUGGUGCACGCACAAACGUGUUUAAAAUUCAGCGUCUCGGUAAUACAAAGCGUCACGGUUCUGUACACAUAUCAGUUCAUGCGCAAGCGUGUCCUAUCGUUUGUCGGCAAGUACUUGAAUCAUUAAUUAUAUUAGCAAAAAAUUUUCCAGACCAAUUUCUUCCAUUACCAUUAACCAAUAAUGAUCAACAACAACAACAACAGCCAGCUAUUCUACCAUCAAAUGAACAUACGAUGAAGAUGAAUUCACCUGAUAAGCAAUUAGUAGCAACACCAUCGAAGACUUCUUCAAAUAUACGUGAUUUAUCAUUUUGGGAAUUAAUUCUUAAAUUAGAUCAAUCAUUUAGUAAUCGUUCAUCUCGUUCAUCAACAAAUCCAUUACAAAAUAUAUCGUCAAUUGUUAUUACAAAUUCAACAACAGCAUCUUCAACUACAACCAAUACUAAUAAUCAACGAACGGCAUUAACAUUAAAUAUAACUACUAAUACUAGUAAUUAUGAAGUUGAUUUUGAAUCAUCACCAUUAGCUGCCUUAUUACUCAUGCUCGAUCAUCCAAUAUUAAAUAAAAAUAAUCAAUUAAUGGAUAAACUAUUUAAAUUACUUUCAAUUAUAUCACAAAGUUUUCAAAUACAUAUUAUAACGAAAAAAGAUAUUACACCAUCGCCAUUAGCUACAUCAACACCGAUGACAGCUGAACCACAAAAUCCACCAACAAAUCCUAUUCAACAACAAACUAAUGAUCAACCAUCAGCAACAAAUACAAAUACAAAUACAAAUACAAAUAAUAACAAUAAUAAUAAAUUAGUCGUAUCCGAUGAUCAAGUUGUUUUAGGUUCACAAUUAGAUUUAGUUAUUAAAGCAUUAAUAUCUAAAUCAUGUACAGAAGAUGGUCUAGAAUUUGCAACAAUACUCUUAUUAAAUGUAUCGAAAAUAAAUCAAGCUACAAGAGAUAAAGUUUUACAUUUACUACUUAAUGGUAUUCGUUUAUUAGGCAAAGAUGUUAGUGAUGAAAUUAAACAAUUACAUUGGGAAGUUCAAGAUUAUCUAUCGAAAAAUAAAUCUACUACAGCAACAACAGGCAACGAUGAUGAAUCAUCAAAUACACCAAUAGAUGAAUCUGCUAAAUUAUUCGAUUCAUAUAAAUCAAUACGUUCAAACACUUUGCCAACAAUGAACGCCGAUCCGAAUGCUAAACAGCAAGAUUUACAAUUACCAGCUAUGGUUAUGUUAACAUCUAAAACCGCAAAUCAACAAUUUCUAUUACGUAUUCUUAAAGUAAUAAUUCAAUUACGUGACGCAACUAAAAAAGAACAACUCGAUUCUCAAACACACUUCGAAAAUGAACUUCACACAUUAACACGCCGUCUUGAUACAUUACGCCAAUCAUUACGUUCACAUAUUCCAUCGGAUAAUAAUAAUCAACAAAAUGAUGUAUUACAACCUAUCGAUGACUUAUCAAAUCGUUUAGAACAAAUGCGUACACGUUUACAAACAGUUUUAAAUUCGAAUACAAUUGAACAACGUCAACAACUAUUUUCACAACGUGAAACAAUAAAUGAUAUUCAAGAUAUUUAUCGUUUAAUUCGACAACUUGAAGCAUUAAUUGAAACAUUUCAGGAACCACCAAUGUCAACAACAAUGACAACACGUAUCAAUGAUGUUUUACAAACAAUUCCACCAUUAUUUCCACAAAUCAAUGAACCAAUGGACAUAGGACAAUUUUUACCAUCGCAACAAACAAAAUUAAGUGAUCUAUUAAAUAUAAAUCAAUUAUGGGAUUCAUUAAGUGAUUGUUUAUUAUCAUUAGCUAAAUUACCUGAUCCACAUGCUGUAUUAGUACUUCAGCCGGCUGUUGAAGCUUUCUUUCUUGUGCAUGCUGCUGAUUUAGAUAAUGAAAAUGAAAAAACCAAUCGAAAGAAAAAAGAUCGUGAAACACGUGAAGCACUAUCACAUUUAGAAUGUUUUGGUCCAGCACCAUCAACAACAUCUGAUGAACAUGUUGCACCAAGUGAAACAGUAAUGACCUCAGCAACAUCAGAUAUAUCAGCAGUGCCAACACUUGUCUUACGAACAAGUACGACACCAACAAUAUCAACAAAUGAUUUACCAUUAGAUGCACAAAAAUUUGUUGAAUUUGCUCGUACACAUCGUACUGUAUUAAAUCAAAUCCUACGUCAAAGUACACAACAUUUAAGUGAAGGACCAUUUCAUAUAUUAACUGAUUAUACAUCAAUACUUGAUUUUGAUGUUAAAAGAAAAUAUUUUCGUCAUGAACUCGACCGAUUAAAAGAAAAUAUACGCGGAGAAGAUUUAGCGGUGCAUGUUCGACGUAAUAAUGUAUUCGAAGAUUCAUAUAGAGAAUUAAGUCGACGUUCACCAGAAGAUUGGAAACAUAGAUUCUAUAUUGUAUUUGAUGGCGAAGAAGGACAAGAUGCUGGUGGUCUUCUACGUGAAUGGUAUUCCGUUAUAGCACGUUCAAUGUUUGAUCCAAAUUAUGCUUUAUUUAUGAUUAAUCCAGGGGAUCGUGUUACAUAUAUGCCUAAUCCAUUAUCGCAUUGUAAUACAAAUCAUUCACAAUAUUUCAAAUUUAUUGGACGUAUUAUAGCUAAAGCUAUAUUUGAUAAUAAAUGUAUGGAUUGUUAUUUUACACGUUCAUUCUAUAAACAUAUACUUGGUAUACCUGUACGCUAUACAGAUAUGGAAUCGGUUGAUUUGCAAUUUUAUAAAAAUCUAGUGAUGUUACUAGAAAAUGAUAUACAUCAGUUAGGUUUAGACUUAACAUUUUCAUUAGAUGCUAGUGAAUUCGGUGCAAAUAAAGUGAUUGAAUUAAUAGCAUCUGGUUCAACUAUAGUGGUAACAAACGAAAAUAAACAUGAAUAUGUUCGACUUGUUUGUCAAGAGAAAAUGAUUGGAUCUAUUCGACAACAAAUUAAUUCAUUUCUAGAAGGUUUCUAUACAAUUAUACCAAAAAGUUUAAUCUCAAUAUUUAAUGAACAAGAAUUAGAAUUAUUAAUAUCAGGUUUACCAGAUAUUGAUAUUGAAGAUCUCAAAGCAAAUACUGAAUAUCACAAAUAUAGACCAAAUUCGUUACAAAUUCAAUGGUUUUGGCGUGCAUUGCGAUCAUUUGAUAAAGAAGAUUUAGCCAAAUUCUUACAAUUUGUUACAGGUACAUCAAAAGUACCAUUACAAGGCUUUGCUCAUCUAGAAGGCAUGAAUGGUGCACAAAAAUUUCAAAUACAUCGUGAUGAUCGGUCAACUGAUCGUUUGCCGUCAGCUCAUACUUGUUUCAAUCAACUGGAUCUCCCAGCUUAUGAAAGCUAUGAUAAAUUACGUAAAAUGCUUUUGAUUGCGAUUCGUGAAUGUGCUGGAUUUGGAUUUGCUUAA